AAACUUGUUUAUUGUCAAAGAUGGCCGCCCACAGAAAAGGUGUGUUGGAGUUCGACGGCGUUCAGGUGAAACCUUCGAGCGAUCUGCUGACGUUCCUCAAAGACGUGUGCCAGAGCGACGAGUACGCCGAAUCCCUGAAGAAGCAAGUACGACGGGUCCUUGACAAACACCCCGUGCGCGUACCGUUUAAGACGCUCAAAUGCGUUCGCGACGCCGCCAGAAAAGCGUCGCAGCCCCCCGUCUACCUGCACGAGCUGCUCGAAAGGUCGGAACUUUGCCUACCGAACCCCGUGACGCCACCGCGGAACCCGGAGCUCGAACUCCGGAUCCAGAAGCUGAAGGCGCAACAGAUGAACCGCGAGUACGACCGCAUGACGGCGAACGUGGAUCGAUGUCGGAAAUCGGUCGGUACCGCCGCGGCGACGUCCUCGGCAGUGGGCGCCGAGAUUCGCGAGGUGAAGAAGCAGUCCCUGGCCGUGGUGAACCUGCUGCUCAGCAUCGGCGGCACGUUCGCCUUCUUCUACAAGGCGGUCGAGUAUUCGCUGCCAGAGCCCCACAUCGCGGCUCAGGUUUUGGCCGGACUCUUCGCGGCCAUCGUUGUCGCUGUUGCCGAGCUUUAUUUUGUUAUCAAAGUCAUUUAAAGCCUCCUUUCUUGUCCAAGUGUAAUGAAAGCGUAUUUUUGAAGAAACUCCAAAUAUAUAUAUAAAUAUAUGCACACUUGUCACAAUUUUGAGUACCGAAAACCACUAAAUCAGUCAAUCUAGAAGGAUUUGAAGCUUGCAGGGGGCUGCGCUAAAGUUACCACUGGUGCAACAGGCUCAAGGCGGCUGAUAUCAUCCUUGUCUUUGCACCUGCAGCCUUGAGCUUGUCGCGCGAGUGGUAUGUUUAGCGCACCCCCACCCCUCCCACGUGCUUUGAGUCCUUCUAAAAUUACUCAUUUAGUGGUUUUGGUUGGAACCAUAUGUCUAUUUUAACUAACUAAAAAGCUAAUGAACAAAUUUUAGUCGAAAAUUCGACUUAUUGUGACGAUUAUCUCCUUAUAUUAAGAAGUUCUAAAAUAGCGUGUGCAAUUUUAGUGCAUGCUACUGCUAGCACUAAAUUUAGCGCUUGCUUUAGCGCACGCUACGCGAGAGAGUUUUAGGAUAUUGUUUCUUCGCCAAUGACACAAAAGCCUAAGCAUCUCGCGCUUGGAAUGCCACCAAGAUGCAGUCACAAUUUUUAUUUCACGCAGUAAAUACUGUAACUCGAGA